CGGGACGCUACCACUUCGGCUUCAAUGGACCUCUAGCUGGAUUCCCCCAGCGCUCCAGUCGCGCCCCAACCUCCAUCCGGGCUGUGACAACACACUAUGCAAGGGGGCGCGACGACUGUGCCCGACGCUGGCCUCCACUCGGUGUCGCGGCACAGCGUUGUUUUGCGUGUACACGACCAGACAGCGCACCCGCCGAGCUUCCUUGGGUCCCCUGUGGAGCGUACGGCACAGCGUGGCCACGGCCAAGUCGACCGCAGUCGCGUCUGGCAGCUGUGUGAUGGCACGCAAGGGAGAUAGCAAUAGGCAGUUCAGAGUCGGUGAGCCGAUCUUGUCUCAAUCCUGGAAAAACUUAAACUGCCGUGUGAUUCCGUUCGGCGGCCUCGUUUUGAUGCAGACCACGCUUGCCACUGUCCUCGACCUCCGAGACCGCUUGCACUUGUAUUAAGCUUCCCACCCAACCCAACCUCGCCGGCCCUCGUUAGUCGACCUUGCCAAUUGCUCCAUCACCG